GCCCAUAUGCAACGUUGAACAAGUUGCAAAGUAUCACGUCGGAGUUAAGAAAAAUUUGUGUUUUACUAUUGUUAGUAAAAUAAGGAUGCCUGGUAAGUAAUUAUUUAAAAUAUAAUUUCACACACAUAAUAUAUUGCGUAAUACGUAUAUAUACGUAAAUGCAUUUUUUUAUGUAACUUAGCAAUAUUAUUCAUUUCAUAACAGAUAAGAUUAUACAAGGUGUUUUCCAUCUAAGAUAUAUUUUCUAUAAGCAGAAAGAAAGUGAUUCUACGUGUAAAAUCAUCCGUUUUUAUCGAAUUGAAAAGGUCCUGUAUACUAUAAAUAAUUCAUUUCACUAUAUUGAAAAGAAAUAAAAUAACUCUAGUAAAUGUGUCUGUAUAUCAAUUAGAAACAACUCAAAUAAUUACUUCAGAUUUUGUGAAUGUAUGAAUAUUUAACGUCUCAGCAUAUCAAUAUAAUAUUAAAUGAACUCUUUCUAUUACAUUUCAUAUAUUUUAUAUUUUCCACAUAAAAUAUUAAACCAUAUGUAAACAACAUGAUACGUCAAUCAUGAUUAUUUUGCUUCUGGUGAAACUGUCAUCUUAUCAUUUGGACGAAGUUAUCGUUAUAAAUAUAAUUAUCAGAGUAGAUACAAAUUGUUAAUUGAUCCGUCGUAUUUUAUUACUUUUCAAUACAAUAACAACUUUCUUAAUCAUAAAAUUUUUCAUUCUAACAAAACUAAUUCAAAGUGCACGAAAUUAAUUAGAAAACGAUUCGAUGAAUAAAUUUAUGCAAAAUAUUCCAAUCUAUAAAAAAAGAUUUCAAAUCAAGAUUUAACAAUACGUGUGUAAUUUUAAUUUAAUUGUUGGAAUUUAUGGGUUGAUAUUAACAACAAAUAAAUUUAACAUCACUCACCAUAACACUCAUAACGAAGAUCGUCAUCUGUGAAAUAUUUGAUCGAAAAUAACGUCAUUAACAAUCAUGAUUCCUAUCUAUAUUUGUUCUAUAUUUUUAUUAAUCAAACUUUGUCAGUGUUGUUUUAUAGACAAAAAUAAAACUAUGAUAGUACAUAGUAGAAGAUUUUGAUUCUUUGUAAUCCAUUCAUUUUAUAUAAAUUUUUAUACUGUAAAUUUUCGUUUUAUAUAUUGAAUAAUAUUAAUAAUAUUACAAAUAAUGUACAUUUUUUAAUAGAUAGACAUGUAUGGUCCUCGACUGGAUCGUUGACCAUAUUAAUUGUAUUUAUCAAACUUCAUAUUUUUAAUUUAUAUUACUAUAUUUUAGUCUUAUUUUUAUUUAUAUAAAGACAUACUAUCGCGUGAAAAUGUGUACUUGGGCAUUUCUAAAUUAUCGCAAAUAUAUAAAGUACAAGUCAAAUAAAUCUUUUUAAUUUAAUUGUAAUAUAUACAAUUAUCUAAUAGAAUAGCUAGUAUUAAUUAGUGUUCGGGUACAUAAUACAAAAUGGACACGACGUGGUUCCCUAUCAAAAAGAACAAGAAAUAAAUAUAAAAUAAAAUUUUUUUGCAAGAUGUUUUAUUUUUGAAAAACUCAAAUUUGAAAAUUUAUCGAAUACACAAUCAAGACAAUUUUUAAUGAAACAUAUUCAAAGCCUAUUUUCUAGAAAAAGAAAUCUAUUCUAAAAUUGAAAUGAAAAAAAUUAUAAGUCAAAAUUUUUAAUUUUAUUCUGUGUCUUUUUUUUAUUUUUUUAAUAAAAAGUCAUUGCAUAUUAUUCGCCCAGAUCAUAUAUAUAAAAAAAACAAUGACUGAAGAUGAUUGAAAAUUAAUUUUGGAAAGACACCUCAAUUAAAUGAUUUUAAAUAUAUUCGUUUAAUGUUAAGACAUUGAAUAUAUUUACUACACGUUUUCUACAGAUUCAGAAAAUAGUAUGUUUAACAUAUUUAAACAUAAAUAUGUUAAAUGCAUAAAAAUAUUUUUUUAAUUAUAUUCAAUAAAUUUAUAUACAAAUUUUAUGAAAUGUCAGCUGUUUAUUAGAAAUGAAUAUGGUACAAAAAUUACAUCGAUCCUAACUAUAAAAAACGAAACAAGAAUAUUAAUCUUUUGGAUGUUAAAUGUUCAAUUAUUUAUGCACGAUAAUGUAUAAUAUGUGGAGAUUAUAUUACGAAGAUGGUUUCCAAAAUUCAAGUUGAUCUAUCAUCUCUGCAGGAUAUAAAUGGGUUAGGUACACGGGUGCUCGCUACUUUGUACCGGGAAUGAUUUUUGUCGGCAAGGACUUGGAUGGCAUGAAUCUUGUUGUUGGGCGUGCUUUACACCAAGGCGAUAUGCUUCCUGCAAAGGUGAAACCAGAACAUGGAGUGGCUUACGUUUGUCACGGAGGCAACGAACACAUAAAGCACGAUUUCGAGGUUUUAAUGCCCGCCGAUUUCAAGUGGGUCCAAGCGAGACACGGUCAUGUUCCACCACAUGCGGUUGAAGCUGGAAGAACAAUGGAUGGAGAAAUGCUCUACAUUGGUCGUGCCUAUCAGAAUGGUGUACCAUGCGUGGGGAAAGUAAGGUCAUUUUAAGUGUAAAUUCAUUUUAAAUGCAAGUUAUUUUAAAUGUAACUAUUCAUCUAUUAUUACUUUAUACAUAAAUCAUACACAAUUAAUAUGAUAACAAGGAAUAUCUAUUAUAAAUACAGUGUCUUCCAUUAAUAUUUGAAGAUUAAAUAUUUAAACUGUUAUAAUUUUGUAAAAAAAAGUUGUCGUACAACAAUACACGUUUGACCUAGUUUUCAUAAUUGCAAAAAGAAUUUACUAAAAUAUAAGACACAAGAUUAAGGAUUAUAGAUAAUUAUAUAAUAUUACAUUAUAUUAUAAAAUAUAAAACAGAAGAUUUUUCUAGAAAGAAUAAUGUCAGAAGAAUAUAAUAUACCAGAUUAUGUUUAAUUGCGAUAAAUCAGUGUCAAGUGAUGAAGAUGUAAUAAAGAUAUAAUUUUUCGAAAUCACAAACAAAAAUGUCUUUUUACUCUAAAAAACAAAAUAUGAAGCACAAAAAGUAUGUAACUUACUUAUGCUAAAAACGUUCAAAAAGUAUAAUAUUUUUAAAUAUUAAUAUAAAUAUUGGAACAAAUGAUACAUGCAAUUUGAAAAACUCAUUUAAAAAAUAGUUCUAUCUUUCAAAAAUUUUACUAACAAAAUACUUUUAUUUCCUCAAUUUAACUACUAUAUACUGUGUAUCUCACAUACACUCUACUAUAUCUCAUAACACUUUUUGUAUUUUUUUCGUUAUAUUAUCUGUUAUGAGAUACACUGUAUAUCUAUAUUAUAUAAAAUUUUUUACCACAUCACAUUUUCUUAUUUUAAGCUCUACGGAUUCCUUCUCUCUUUACUUGAAUUUACUUAUAUUUCUGUUAUAUUAAAUAUUUCUUUACAGAUACAGAGAACCCACGGAGUAUUGUACGUGCCUUAUGAAGGCAGAGAAAUUCCAUUUAGAGAAUAUGAAGUGCUGGUAUUAUCUUAAUUUAUAAAUACUACAUGGAAUAUUAAACGAGAAAUUCAGAUUCAGAAAUAUGAUACAAUUUUAUUGAAAAUUCUACCAUACAUAUAUUUUACAUUAUGAUUGGAAAAAUGAUGCUUAAUAUAUGUUCAGGACAUUCAUAGAUAUAGUAUUUAUAAAAUAAUUAACAAUGAAAAAUACUUUUUAGAGAUCGUAA